AUGGCCCAGCUGGCAGGGGAUCCGACUAUCCAGGUCCUGCGAAAGGGCGUCACGAGGAGUUUCAAGGAUUUCGCGCAGAAGCACCCAGACUGGUUCACAUACGCUGAGGAGAACACGAACGGUAAGUUCAUGCAGAUGGUCUACCUGAGCGACGGGUACCACACAACCCCCAUCAACGAGGUUACGCUAAAGCAGAGAACGGAGAGGCUGCUCUUCAAGAUAGGCACGAUCCUGAAGGCCACCGACAGCGGCGGCCUCCCGGUGUCCGCGCUCGGCGCCGACCCCGCCGUGAGGGAUUUGCGCAAGGGCGUGGCCGCCGGCCUGAAGCAGUUCCUUCAGAAGCACGCGGGGCACUUCCGACUCGAGGACGCCGACGCGACCUCCGAGAAGGGGGAGCCCAUGAAGGUGCUGACGUGCCACCUGGUGGAAAUGCCCCCAGAGCCGCCGCCGCCGCCAGAGCCGGAGCCUGGUGCCGAGGAGGCCGCCGACGGCACCCAGUGGGUCGCGGCGCAGGCCGCCCUCGAGUGGCCGGGCGCGCGGGCGCAGGACGCGUGGGCCUCGCAGGGCCAGUGGGGCUCCUGGGUGGGCGUCGGCGGCAACGGCGACGCGGCCCUGGACGCAGCGGGUAAGCAGGCGGCGGUGGCCCUGGCCAGCAUGGGGGCCGCGGUCCAGGCGGGCGCCAAGGGCAAGGGCAAGGGCGCGCCGGGCCUGCCGGCUGAGGGCCCGAAGAUCCUGGUGGAGGAGCGACGGCGGGCCUGCGGAAGCAGCGCCGCGGGGAAGCAGCUGGAACGGGAGGUGGUGAACGCCCAGGUCGUCAAGGCGGCCGUAGCCGAAGCGCGGAGGCGCCAGAAGGACAAGGCGCGGGGCGUGAGGGUGCAGCAGGACCUCGCGGCGGCGAUCGCGGAGAAGGUGUCCAGGCACCAGAGCGCCGGAGCCCGCGUCGAGCCCGCCCUCGCGACCAUGCACUCGUCGCCGGAGCUGUCGCGGGAGGUCAUGGCGCCCAGGUUCCUCGACAAGCCGAUGGGGAGGCCCGCCGCCGCCCCGGCGCCGAGGCGGCCAGCCUGCGGCCCCGCCGCCAGCGCGCCCGACCUGCAGGUCAGCACCAGGCUCGAGCCGAUCGGCACCUCGUGGUCGCACGGCCUCUCGCAGGAGGCGCGGCGGACGGCGCUGGAGGCCGCGCGACGGCGCGAGGCUGCCGCCCAGGUUCGGCGACGGGACUGGUGA